AUGAUGGCUUCGAGCAUUUGUGCACUGAUACUUGACUCUACAUCUGAAGAGGCUCUUCUAUAUCAUCCUAACUUUGGCCGUGGCAAUCUAAUUAGUCUGUCUCAUCUCAUCAUGAGAAGUUUGGCUAAAUGUGGUCAGGAUAUGGUGCCUGAUGAUGCUGAGGCAGAAGCAGAUCUUCACGAGAUUGUUACCUCAGGAUAUUCUCGUUGGGCUGAUCGGUUUCCCCACAUCAAAGAGGCGGUGGAGAGAUAG